AUGAUGGAAUUUGUAUUACUUGUAGGUGUAACGGUGGAUUUUCCUUAUAAACCCUAUCCAUGUCAAAUAGCCAUGCUUGGCCGAAUUAUCAAAGCAUUGCAACAAUCAAAACACUGUCUCCUUGAAUCGCCAACUGGUACGGGAAAAACUCUUACUCUACUAUGUGCUGCUCUCGCCUGGCAACAAAAAGAAAUCGAACAACUUCGCCAGCCAUGUUUAAUCGAAUCAAACGAUUCGACAGCAGAUCCAUCAGCAACAACUGUGAUCAAACCACAAUCCAUAUCUCGUAUAUUUUAUUGCACACGUACACAUAAACAGCUCGAACAAGUCGCCAAACAGCUCGGUAACACUGUGUAUAAGGACAAAAUUCGAAUGACAUUGUUAUCUUCACGUGAUAAUUAUUGUGUACAUCCAGUAGUUUCGAAAGGACCAAAUAAAAAUCACGAAUGUGCGAAAAUAACUCGACGAGACCUCAAUAAGUUCGGUCAGCAAGGUUUCAAAAGCGAAUGUGGUUAUUACGAACGGUUGAAAGGCAAAAUGCCCGGCGAUUUCUUUCGACUAGGUGGCUCAAAGUAUUUACCACGUGUUUUCGACAUUGAACAGUUUACUGAAUAUUGUCAAACAUCACACGGUGUUUGCCCGUAUUAUACAAGUCGAUUAUUGAUCAAUGAUGUACAGAUUAUACUUUGUCCAUAUAAUUAUCUGAUUGAUCCACGUGUGCGAAAUUCGAUGCAAUUGUCCGUUAAUAAUGCUGUGAUAAUAAUCGAUGAAGCACAUAAUAUCGAAGAUUGCGCUCGUGAAUCGAUGAAAUUUGACUUGAAGAAAUACGAUUUCGAAGCAGCAUUGAAUGAAAUGCAAAUGAACCAGAAAGCAUUAGAAAUGGCCCAUAUCGAAGCUGCUCAAUUGAUUAUCGACGAAACAGGCUUUUCCUCCACACAAAAUCCGAUCUCUUCCACACAGUUAACCGCCAACCAACAGCAAUCCGCACGUCGAAUACCUGGCUUUUCCGAAUACGACCAAUUAAACGAAGAAUCUGAUCUACUUCAACAUCUGAAUAUCGAUCAAUUGGGAAAUAUUCAAGAACAGGCUGUGCCUGAUUCUGUUCAACAGUUGAGUUCUGACGAUCAGGAAAUAGCAAAUGCAAUGAAAUUUCUUGCCGAGCGAUUUUCGCGUAUGGUUCUUUGGUUCGACACGAAAAAUCCACGUGAGAACUAUGUUUACACACCGAAAGAACUUGUCGAUCAAUUACAUCAAGCUAAAUUCAUCGAUAAAUCAACUGUUAAUGUUCAGAAGCCCGCAACAAAAACUCAUCCAGCAAGCAAACGUAGCGCCAUUCAAGAUGCUGGUAAAAUACGAAAAGCUAUAGCGAAGUGUUUUCUCAAUGCGCCGGAUUAUAUCAAAUUUUCCGAUGAAACUGGAAAGUUCUUCGAAGAUCUCGAUCUUUGUCUCUCAAUUUUAUAUGCUGAUGAUUAUCAAUUUGUCGACGAUUAUAAAAUUACGUUGAAAACCAUUCCGUUCGAGCCAAGUGCUAAUGUUGUCUCUCAAAUGCCACAAUCUGUAGAUGACUCGAUGGAAACAUCCGAUGAAUGGGUUAACACGAGCCAAAAAUCGAGUCAAUUCAGACGAUAUCAACGUACAGUAGCUCAAGCAACAUAUCCACUUCAUACUCAACAGCUAGUUUUCUAUUGUCUAUCACCAAGUGUCGCAUUUGCCAAAGACCUCAAAUUGGCUCGAUCUUUAAUCUUUGCUUCCGGUACACUUGCACCUUUGGCAACAUAUUCCGGUGAAUUAGGAUUACCAUUCGAUAUACAACUAGAAUGUAAUCAUGUCAUCGAUAACCACCGUACAUUCAUCACAGCGCUAAGUCAUGGACGAAAUCCGAAUGUUAAACUUCGUGCAACGUAUCAGAAUACGGACAAGUUGGAAUUUCAGGAUGAGUGUGGACUGGUUCUGUUAGAUAUAUGCCAACGUGUUCCAUACGGUAUUCUUUGUUUUGUGCCAUCCUAUCGAUUUCUUAAUGUAAUUAUGAAUCGUUGGAUGUCCAGCGGUCUUUGGCAAAAACUGAACGAACAUAAGGCAGUCUUUUUCGAAGAAAAAAGUAGUGCAAAUUUCCAAAAUACAAUCGAUCGAUUUCGUGAAGCAAAUGGUACGAUGAAAUUCGUUAAACCGCUAUCAGCGACUGCUAAGCGAGUCAAUGCCAUGUUCAAACGAAAAGCUCCGUCAACUGAGAUCACGACGACGAAUUCACGGUAUUUUUCAGUUAAAGGCGGUCUUCUAUUAGCUGUUUGUCGUGGCCGUGCAUCUGAAGGUAUCGACUUUUCGGAUAAUAAUGCUCGUUGCGUCAUUACACUUGGUAUUCCGUAUCCGAAUGUGCAAGAUGAAGAAGUUGUAUUCAAACGGAAUUAUAACAAUGAACAAAAUAAACGUAUACCACAGAUAAUGAAUGGAAGUGAUUGGUACGAUUCACAAGCAUACCGUGCGUUGAAUCAAGCACUUGGACGAUGCAUUCGACAUAAAAACGAUUGGGGAGCAUUAAUCAUUGUUGAUGAAAGAAUUGUUAAUAAUGUGAAUGAUAGGCAUUUUAAUAACAAAAUAUCUCUUUGGAUUAAACAACGUUUAUUUAUUUCCCGAAAUUAUGACGAAACAAUGACUGGACUAGAAAAAUUUGCUAGUGAGAUGAAAUUAUCCGAUGAAAUAACAACAAUGGAAAAUGACCAACAGAAAGAAAAGAGCAUUGGUGAUGACGAUGAUGAACAACGACGAAUUAGUUCGGUAGUUCCACCUUUGACGGGUGAAUUGAGACAACGUUUUCUUUUUCGAAUGAAAAUCGUUCCAUCAUCUGUUUUAGACAUACCUAAGAAGGUUGAUGAAGCGACAGUCACCUAUCGACAAUGGAAAAUACUUGAUAUAAGUGAUGAUGAAGAUAAUCACGACAACAAACUCGUCAAUGAGAAUCAAUUAAAACCUGCAAUAACAAAAACUUUCGAAAAGUUCAUGGCUCAACGACCGAUAGCAAUGACACCGCCAUCACAAAUUCCAACGCAAGACGCGACGCCAGUAUCAGAGAGGAAGGAAAACAAGAAAUUCAAAAGCAAGUCUUCAACACAACAAUCGAAAUCGACUCCACCAGUACCAAUUUUAUCUCAAAAACUACAAGUGAUACAAACACAACCCAUCAUUGACUUAACAGGUGAUGAUGAUGACAAAGAUUUCGUUCAAAUCAUGCCGGCAAUAUCUCAACGAUCUGCCAAAAAGUUGAAAUUAACAUGA